AUGGAGGUGAGGAAUCUCCAAGAGGCCAUCCUUGCCGAAUCUGCCGGGGCAUGCUGUGUGCUCGUGGCAACUCAUUCUCCCGCUGGUGGCCGUUGUAUUCCGUUCAACGGGCUGAUCGAGGAAAUCAAGGGUCACCUCUCAAUCCCGGUGAUGGUGAGGACUCACGUCGGGCAUACUAAAGAGGCAGAGGCAUUGGUGUCGAUUGGCUGUCAGUUCCUCGACAAUAGCGAGCUCCUCAAAGUCGCCAACGAGGAUUACUUCCUCAACAAGCACGAGCUCGGGAUUCCUUGCUGUUGUGGUUGCCAAAACCUUGGUGAGGCACUAAAGAGGGUUGGGGAAGGUGCUGCGAUAAUUAGGAUACAGGGGGAGACAUCGAGGUCUGGGGAUAUUAGCAAGACGGUGAAGAAUAUGAGGUCAGUAUCGUAG